UAAACACUUUGAUGACUUGACAUUCAGGAAACAACUUCCGGCUGAAAACACGCUGAAUUCAUAAAUACACGUUCGUUGUGCAAUAAUUAACGAUAUAUUUUAUCUAAAGGAUUUGUUAUAAACGGAAAUACAAAUGGAUGAUGAACAGGAAACGUACAAGCUAUGGAGGAUCAGAAAAACAAUUAUGCAGCUGUGCCAUGACCGAGGAUAUCUAGUGACUCAGGAUGAAUUGGACCAAACAUUGGAUGAAUUCAAAGAGCAAUUCGGGGAUAAACCCAGUGAGAGGAAACCAAGCAGGGCUGACCUGAUUGUGUUGGUGGCCCAUAAUGAUGACCCCACAGAUCAGAUGUUCGUAUUUUUCCCGGAGGAGCCAAAAGUAGGCAUCAAGACAAUAAAAACAUACUGCCACAGGAUGCAGGAGGAGAAUAUCACCCGAGCUAUCAUCAUUGUACAGACAGGCAUGACACCGUCAGCAAAAUCGUCCCUGACAGACAUGGCGCCAAAGUACAUCCUGGAGCAGUUUUUGGAGUCGGAACUUCUGAUCAACAUCACAGAGCACAUGCUGGUACCUGAACAUGUGGUGAUGAUACCUGAUGAAAAAACAGAACUGUUGAGCAGAUAUAAAUUGAAGGAGUCCCAGUUACCUAGAAUACAGCAAGGAGACCCUGUAUCCCGAUACUUUGGACUCAAACGAGGCCAGGUGGUGAAAAUCAUCAGAAACUCGGAGACAGCAGGACGAUAUGUGAGCUAUCGGCUGGUGGUGUAGUGACCGGGGAAUGUGUGUACUUGCGAGAGUAUGUGUGAGUGUUUUUGAUGAGGAGGAGGGGGAAAGGGGGGGCAUCCUUGAUACUCCAGGGGUUACCCUAAACUUUCACUCUCUGCACCCCUGGAAUAUGUAAUGACAAUAUCUAAACCUCUGUGUGGAGAUGAGACAAGAAGUUUACAUUGAUCCCUUGAUCUACAUCACAAGUAAUUUGCGGCUGCACAACAGUAAAAUAGACAAGUUUUGAAGUUGGGCGUCACUCCUCUGUAAUCUUCAAGGGAGAGAUAUCAACCUAAUUGGUCAGGAUUUUUACCUGGGACCAAUCAAAUAGAUAGCUGCUUGCCUUCUAUUUUACUAUGGCAUAUUUCAGGGGAUGCAGAAAGCAAAAGUCUGCAUAACCCUUUAAGUAUCGAGCAUGGGGUUGUACAUCUGUGUAUUGAUAAACGUAUGAGGAAGAGAGAGAACUUGUAAAUCACUUAUUUCAAUUGAUGUGCAUUGUCCAUUAAACGUAAAUCACUUAUUUCAAUUGAUGUGCAUUGUCCAUUAAACGUAAAUCACUUAUUUCAAUUGAUGUGCAUUGUCCAUUAAAACAUUUUUGGCUCAU